AUGCAAGGCUUCUUAGUAGAAGGUAAGGAAAUUAGUAGAGAUUAUUCUUAUGAGUGGGUAAAAGGCAACACAGAAUUAGUAGCAAUCGAAAAAGGAAUUUCAGUUUUACACUUCAGUUAAGAAUUAUUAAAAAGAGAUUUAGAGAUGGAAUUCAGAUUAUUACGUAGAUUAACAGAAACUUAAUAUCAUAACGAUAAUUUAUUUGACUUUCAUCCUGAUGUUCAAAAAUUAAAUCGCUAUAAUAACAUCAUACUAUUCAAGCAUUCAAUUGUAAAAUUAAGGAGCGAAGGUGAUGAAGAAGAAAAUCUAAGGGAAUGCUAUAUUAAUGCGAAUUUUAUCAAUGUAUUUGAUAGGUUUAGGAUGAUUGUGGCUACAUAGGGUCCUUUGAUCUAAACAUUUUGUCACUUUUGGAAGAUGAUUAUAUAAGAAAAUAUGAAUAUGGUAGUGAUGUUGUGCAAUUUGAGAGAGAACCAAAGAGCAUAAUGUGAAUAAUAUUGGCCGAGAAAUGUUGGAGAAACUAUGAUUUGCGGAAAUAUUCAAAUAUAUCUUCAGAGCCAAGAUGAUCUUGGGAAUAAUAUCACAAAACGAGUUUUGAAAGUAACCUAAGAGGGAGAAGAGAGAAAUAUUUAACAAAUUCAAUGGUGUGGUUGGCCAGAUUAAGGAGUUCCAUCCCCAAGUGAUUUUGAUGUGAUUCGAGAAUUAUUAAAUAUGAUUAAUGAAAAGUUGUAAGCAGAUCAAAAAGUAGUUUUUCAUUGCAGUGCUGGAGUAGGAAGAACUGGAACUUUGAUUGCAUUAUCUAAUUUAAUGAUCUUACUUAAAGCCUACAAAUAGAAUAUUGGCGAUGAUAUUUAAAAAUUGGAAGAAAAUCCAGAUCUUUAUAGAUUGUCCAUCUUUGGAAUAGUGCGUAGACUGAGAGAACAAAGAUGGGGCAUGGUCCAUACUUCAGAAUAAUAUUCCUAUAUUUAUAAAUUUAUUGAUGAAGCUAUAAGAUAUUUGUUUCACAAUUGA